AUGAGGGAACCCGCGAAGCCCAAGACACCCUUGAAGAAAGAAGAGCUCGAGGCGAUCGCCAAGGAGCUCAAAAAGAAGCUCUCCCGAGCUUCCGUUGCCGCCAAGUCCCACUCGCCCACCCUCCGCAAACUGCCGCUAAAACAGCAGGCGGCGGCCGCCGUCCGCAAACAGGCGGCGGCGCUGCCGACGCUGCUGCCGCUAUACUCGCCCCACAAGCUGCCGACGAAGAAGAAGCCGCUGCUGAUGCUGGCGGUGUACUUGCUGCUGCUGCCGCUCAAGACGCCGUUGAAAACGGCAGGGCACGACCUGCCGACGAAGCGGAUGGUGCUCGAGCCGGCGCUGGCGCCGCUGCCGGUGCGCCGCCUCAAGCCGCUGUUGGAGGCGCGCCCGGCGCCGGCGGCGCCACCACCCUCGGCGCCGUUAGCGCCGGCGCUGGCGCUGGCGCCGCGCCCCGUCACCACCCCGAAGCAACAACGGCGCGAUCUUGUUAGCACUCCUAACCGCUCCCACUACGACGAGGGCGCCGACCUCCUCAUGUACCUCGCGACGCUGCCGCUGCCGGCGAAACCGUACACCCAGCUGGUCCUCCCCAACGGCGCCAUCCCCACCUCGCACCCGCUCGCGGCGGCAACGGGCCAGCCGCCGACCCCCGGUGCCCCUGUAUCGUUUGGGGCGCCGUUGGCUAAGACGACCAAGGGGAAGAGCGACCCGUUCGUGGCGCCGGCGCCGCCGAUGACCCCCAAGAGGGCGCCGGGAGUGAGUGCGGCUAAAACUCCUCAGAACCGGUUGACUCCAGGUUUACUCUCGGCGCUCCCUAGUUCGGGACUCACGCUUACGCCCACCGGAUUCAAUAUGAAUGAUUACGUCAACUUCUUUACUCCACUGCCUGGUGGAGAGAUGUUGACGAAGAACUUGCUUAAAACCCCGGACUUCAACAACCUUAUCAACCAUGAUAAGAAGUUCUAA